AUGUUUAAAGGAGGAGCUGUAACUAUAUAUAAUGAAGAGGAGGAGCUGAUGAUUAAAGGAGGAGCUGUAACUAUAUAUAAUAAAGAGGAAGACGGACAGAAGUGGACAGAAGCAGAAAUGUCUGAUCAGUGUGAUCUGUGUCUGCUGGGACUGAUCAUUCUCUCUUCACUUCUCACAGGCACCAGUGGAGUGGAUCAUGUGUUCAUCAGUUCUGGUGGAAAUGUCCGUCUGUCCUGUAAUAAUGCUCUUUCUGGCUGCAAAUCAACUAUAUGGAUCUACAGCAGAUUCAGAGGUUCAGGGACAGUUGAACUGAUAUAUUUAGGGAUAAAGAAAGACACAGAGAGACAUGAGAGACUGAGUCUGGAGUCUGACUGCUCUCUGAACAUCAAGAACGUCACAGUAGAUGAUUGUGGAGAUUACACCUGCAGACAAUAUGUGAACGACACAAAACAAGGACCUGAUGCACGUGUUUAUCUGCAUGUUCUUCAUGUUUCAGUGUCUCCAUCAUCAUCAUCAUCUUCAUCCUCACAGACUGAGAUCAGUCCAGGCCGCUCUGUGACUCUCUCCUGUCAGUUGUAUUCAUAUAUUGGAUUCUCCUGUGAUUAUUUGGUCAGUUCUGAUGGAGUUGAGCUGUUGUGGGUGAAUCAGGCUGGUGUUGAUCUGAAGACAGACUCCAGAUAUCAGAUAUCAUCAUCAUCAUCAUCAUCAUAUCGCUGUAUCAUCACUCUGACUACAACACUCCUGAAUGAAGAUAACAACAGAGAGUGGAGAUGUCAGGUUACUCUCAGAAAUCAACUCCAGACGUCAGUCACAUACACUGUCAAGUAUUCAGGUGAUGUGUGUGAACAUUCAUCUUCUGCAGCUCCAGUCUCUUCAACAACACUGACUCCAGUCAGCAGAUCAAACUCUGAGAAGACAUCAAGCAGAACUACAGCAACAGCUCCUACACAAGUUGUGACUACAACUACAUCAACUACAGUAACAGCACGUCCCACAGAAACUGUUGGAUUAUUAUACAGAGUGAUUGUGAGUAUUGUUGAGAUGGCAGUGUUUGCUGCUCCUACUGUGAUUCUUCUUCAGAUCAUCUGUGCAAGAAGAGCUGGGAGGAAGAACUCGAGACACCCGGAGGAAAUAGAGAUGCCUGCAAUACAACAAUAAAAACUG